UCUCUCAAAGACAGCUCUAUCUAAAAAAGGGUGUGUGGCUAAGGUUUGAAAACGUUCUCAUGCUUUCUGAGAGCUGAAAACAACCAAAGGAGCACCUUAGCAUGGGAUCCACCUGACUGUGAGUGGCACACCUGACAUUGACCUAAACCCACACCAUCAAACCAGCACCUGACUGACUGCCUGCCACUGGAUCACAUCUGGAUGCUGACUUGGGUGCGACAUGUCCAGGGACUCAACUUCAAGCUUUCCCCCUAGCUGCAACCAGACCCCAGACACAUCCCAGGCUAACCCACACACCAGCGAACGUGUGGGAGCUUCCUGCCAGCAGAUGGCACAGUCAGAGUGUGAAGAGAGCAGAGCGGCCUACUUCCCCAAGCUAGAGAACACCCCCUUCAGUCGAAGGAACACAGCAGUGGACACCUGCAGGAGACACAGCGUAGAUGGAGCCACCACUGGAUCUGGAUCGUAUCAAAGGUCAGGGCGGGGGUCAGACCAGUCUGGCCGUUUCCACCCCUACCGCCGACAGUACAGCGAUGGAGGGUCUGCUGGAUGCGUGGCCCCCAGCUCCCAUCCCUUCAUAUGCCUUAAUGGUUUCUCGGAAACAUACACGGGCAGCAGCCACCAAGGGGAACAGCCACCCUGGGAGACGUACAGUGGCCUCCAGGUGAACAGACUAAUGGACUCCCAGCACACAUUCCCAGAACCACCAGGUGCACCAGAGGAGCCUUCAUGCUUCCUGUCUUCCAGCCAUGCCACCUACAAUCCGCUAGCUCCCCUGCAGCAGUUUUCACCAGGUACAUACUCCGCAAGUAGACAAUCAAACAAUUCACCAUACUCUCUCCAGGGCCUGUCCACACCACCUCUCCAAGACAGUCCUGUGACAUCCCUCUUCCCAAAACCUGUGUACUCCUACAGCAUUCUCAUCUUUAUGGCCUUGAGAAACAGCAAGACUGGAAGUCUGCCUGUAAGUGAGAUCUACAGCUUCAUGACCGAAAACUUCCCCUAUUUUAAGACGGCCCCUGACGGAUGGAAGAACUCCGUUCGUCAUAACCUGUCUCUGAACAAGUGCUUUGAGAAAGUGGAGAACAAGAGUGGAAACUCCUCCCGAAAGGGCUGCCUUUGGGCGCUGAACCCAGCCAAGGUGGAGAAGAUGCAGGAGGAACUGCACAAGUGGCGCCGCAAAGAUCCGUUGACAGUCCGCAAGAGCAUGGCCCGACCAGAAGAUCUGGACCGUCUACUGGGAGAGAAACCAAAUAAACUCAAGUCCAAAUCCAUCUUCCACAGCCAAAACUCAACAUCCCGACCCUCAUCUCAUUUCACCCAUUCUACAUCAUCUUUCCCCCUGCCCCAGCCUUGCCUGCCUCCCCCAUGCCCCUUACACUCCCAAGUCCCCUCUCCCUCCCUGACGACCGGGCAGCAUCCCCAAGGCUACCUGCCAACCUCUGCUCCACACCCCUUCCCCUUCUAUGCUUCCUGUGGGCAGCAGCCAUCCUCAGGAGUCCCCUCAACCACAGGUAGCCUGGACUCCCCUCUGGUGGGACAGAUGCAUCAGGGCUACAGCACCAACCUGCAGGUGGACUUUGGCAUGGGCCCCAAAAGCAUGCAGGAACUGCUGAUGGAUGGGGACACUAGUAACGACAUUGACAUGCUCAACCCUAGUCUGACAGACCUGCAGAUUCAUGGUAACUUGUGGGAGCAUCUGAGAGAGGACAGUCUGGCCCCUGAUUCGCUGGUGGUCAUUACUUCUACCUCCCCCAUCUCUGCCUUUCCUUCCUACCUUCUUCAGGCCUCCAGCCUUCCGUCUGCUAAUCAUUCAUCUGAGGUCAUUGCCAUUGGUCGAGGUAAUCCACACGAGGAAAAGAACAUAGGUCUUGGAGGUGACCCAGACCACCAAAUGAAUGGAUUGUACACCACUGCUUUCCCAGUUGUGGAAAACCUGGCUUUGUAUUGCACUUCCACAGGGACCACCCCUAUACCCCUACUCUGAACCCAGGAAAUGGUGCUUCU